GCCUGAAACGCCAAAUGAUCCCGUGUGCCAAACUCUAACGCCUUCAGUGACGGAGUCCAGCCCGGCAACGACGAUCCUUAACCCUCAACUGCAGUUUAUCCCAGACGAUCCCCCCCAUCAAUGGCGCCUGCAGAAUGGCUGAGCCUUUUGAUCCACGGAGAAUACCCCCGACCGUCCACGCCGGUUGAAUAUCCUACAAAGGCAGAAUUGGGGUUUGUCGCGGGUCGACCUCAGAAUGAUUGUGCAGCAGCGUUUUGAGGGAGUGGGAUUUAGCCGUGAUGCACGUUACUAUACAUAUCCUCGAGGCAUAAAAGGAGUGCGCUGGACCUUGAGAUUGAGCAAGAAUUCCAGAAAUCGACCGACUAUCUGGAUAUCAAAAUUGUCAACACAAUGCUUCCGAUCUCAUUCCUGCUCACCUGCCUGCUCUCUGCACUGGCAUGCAGUGCCCGUGUUCUUGGGGACACGGACUCCCUUUAUCCUCGGGCUGGAUAUCUGCAGCAGGUCACCAAUUUUGGCAGCAACCCUACCAACGUGGGCAUGUACAUCUAUGUCCCGAAUAAUCUAGCCGCCAAGCCCGGUAUUAUUGUUGCGAUUCAUUACUGCACCGGCUCUGCCAACGCCUACUACACCAACUCCCCAUACGCCUCUCUGGCCGAGAGGCACGGCUUCAUUGUCAUCUAUCCGCAGAGUCCGUACUCGGGCGCCUGCUGGGACGUCAGCUCAGAGGCGACGCUCACGCACAAUGGCGGGGGCAACAGCAACUCCAUCGCCAACAUGGUCACCUGGACGAUCUCUAGGUACAACGCGGAUACCAGCAAGGUGUUUGUGACGGGCACCAGUUCCGGCGCAAUGAUGACGAAACAGAACGUAAUGGCAGCAACCUACCCAAAUCUCUUCGCAGCAGCAACGGUCUACUCGGGCGUGCCCGCCGGCUGCUUCUACAGCUCCAGCAACCAAGUCGACGCAUGGAACAACAACUGCUCGCAGGGCAGGUCGAUCACCACGCCGGCGCACUGGGCGGCCAUUGCCGAGGCCAUGGACCCCGGGUACAACGGCGCGCGGCCCCGCAUGCAGAUCUACCACGGUAGCGCCGACACCACGCUGUACCCGCAGAACUACUACGAGACCGUCAAGCAGUGGGCCGGCGUGUUCGGGUACAACUACGAUGCGCCCGCCAGGACAGAGGCCAACACCCCGCAGUACAACUAUGUCACCACUGUCUGGGGGGAUAAGUUGCAGGGGAUCUAUGCCACGGGCGUUGGGCACACGGUGCCGAUUCAUGGGGAUCAGGAUAUGGCUUGGUUUGGGUUUGCGUGAGUGGUUUGGAUUUGCGUGAGUGGUUUGGGGAGAAUGUAGUUGGAGGGUGAUGGGGUGGAGGUAGGCAGGACUCGAGUAUUCAUUCUUUUGAUAGGGGAUUUUAGUUGAGAGAUAUGAUGGAUGAUUGCAUUAGGCCAA